UCCCCAAGGCCCGGAAUGGCGGAGAGUCCGGCGGCCGAGGAGGCGGCCCCGGCCGCGGUGCUGGCGGCGACGGGCAGCGGGGGCACCUCGGCCGGCCCGGGGGCUGGCACUGGAAGCCCCGGAGUUUUCAUCCCGGCUGAGCUGUGGGCGGCGGCGGGUUUCGGCGCUGCGACACCGGGAAGCGGCGGAGCCCCGGGAAGCGGCGGAGCCCCCAUCGCGGCGGCAGCGGCGGCGGCGGGGGCCGCGCUCCUCACGCACUCCGCCUUCUGGGAUCCUACGGUCAGCGGGGACUGGGACAGCGAGCGGCCCAGCCCGGCCUGCCUCCUGCGGAUCAAACGGGAUAUCAUGUCCAUUUACAAGGAACCCCCCCCAGGAAUGUUUGUUGUGCCUGAUCCCCACGACAUGACCAAGAUUCAUGCAUUGAUCACAGGCCCCUUUGACACGCCUUAUGAAGGGGGUUUCUUCUUGUUCCUGUUUCGCUGUCCUCCAGAUUAUCCCAUCCACCCACCAAGGGUCAAACUGAUGACAACGGGAAAUAACACAGUGAGGUUUAACCCCAACUUCUACCGCAAUGGGAAAGUCUGCCUGAGUAUUCUCGGCACCUGGACCGGGCCUGCAUGGAGCCCAGCACAGAGCAUCUCUUCAGUCCUCAUCUCCAUCCAGUCUCUUAUGACUGAGAACCCUUACCACAACGAGCCAGGCUUUGAGCAGGAGAGGCACCCUGGGGACAGCAAGAACUAUAACGAGUGCAUUCGGCACGAGACCAUCCGUGUGGCAGUGUGUGACAUGCUGGAAGGAAAGUGUCCCUGUCCUGAGCCACUACGGGGUGUCAUGGAGAAAUCCUUCAUGGAAUACUAUGACUUCUAUGAAGGGGUGUGUAAAGAGAGGCUCUAUCUCCAAGGACAGACAAUGCAGGAUCCUUUUGGUGAAAAACGAGGCCACUUUGACUAUCAGUCCCUAUUAGUACGUUUGCAAGGAAUCCGGCAGAAGGUGCAAGAGAAACACCAGCAGGAGAAUACAGAAAUAGACUCUGAGAGCAGCUCCUCUGAGACAGAGACAGACACUCAAGGGUGCUCUAAAGCUUAGUGCUGCGUUACCAGUGGAGAGGCCAAGCCAUGGGGAUGUUUCUGUCUUCACAUCUGAAAGUACCCCUUGACAGACUCAACAACCAAACCAAUGCCAGAGCUGAGAAA